GGCAGGCACGGCAAAGAUGGCCAGGUUGGGUGCAAGCACCACUUCUAGUAAGCGCUGCCGCCUCCUUCUCGUCGUCGCCGCCCUCCUGAUGAUGAUCCUCCUCGCGGCGGCGCCGGUGGCGUCGGCGCGUCGGCGCCCCGUGCGGCUGCGGGUGUACAUGCACGACAUCGUGGGCGGGCCUGGGCAGACGGCGGCGCUGCUGGUGAGGGGCCCCGGCCCGGCGAACCCGUCGAUGCACCCUGGCAACUACUUCGGCGACACGGUGGCACUCGAUGACCUCCUCACCGAGGGCCUCGCCGCGGACUCCGCCCCCGCCGGCCGCGCGCAGGGCACCUACAUGACGGGGUCCAUGAGCCGCCCCGUGUUCGUGGUGAGCGUGACGCUGCACCUCACCGCGGGGCGCUACAACGGGAGCACGCUCGUGGUGGCCGGCCGCGACGACACCUCGGAGCCGGUCAGGGAGCUCGCCGUCGUCGGCGGGACGGGGGCGCUCCGCCGGGCUCAAGGGCACGUGCUGUGGAGCACGGCCAGGGUGGAGUCGCCGCUGCACGCGGUGCUGGAGCUGGACGUGCACGCGUCCGUGCCCGUGCCGACGACGACGCCCAGAGCCAAAGCGGCUGCGAUGACGCUCGCUUCUCAUCUCAAUAAGUCUGACGGACCUGUAAUCGAGAAGCGGCGGAUGACGAUGGAAUGUAAUCGAGAUGGAUGAUGAAAACUAAUUGGCAACCUUUUAUAUAUGAAUGAUCUGUUCAUCAAUGUCCUUGGUGGUGUGGGUGUUGUUCGAAAUUAAACGGGUAUCGUGUGUGUUUAAUUU